AUGGUACACGAGAAACGCGAGUGCGAGGUGGAGGAGAGAGAGGAUGAAAACCGAGGGGACAGCCACUCCCCGGUCAGCAUCGCACAAAAUGCAGAGAAGGAAGACACGUGCAACGGGUGUGGGAAAGCACUAGCCAAAAAGUUGAGCUGCCCAAUCUGCCUGAAAAAAAAAAUUUACAGCUAUUUUUGCACACAGGAAUGUUUCAAAAAUUCGUGGAAAGGACAUGUGGAAAAGGUGCAUGAAAAGUGGAAAAAGGAGGAGGCGGAGAAUGAGGAAGGGGGAAAAGGCAAUCAUGUCAAAACGGACAAUAUCGAGGAGGAAAAAAAAAAAAAGUUCAUGGAAAUCGUAAAAAAGCAAUUAUCACCUGAACAUUUUGACCCAACAAACAGAAAGUACUGGAUUUAUGACAGUCACUUGAAAAAUUUCGUCAAUUUUGUAUUUACGGGGAAUUUGAGACCGUGGCCCAUAACGCCAAUCAAUGCCGUGCCGGCACAUAUAAAAAGGCCAGAUUAUGCAAUCACAUCCAUCCCCGAAUCAGAGUUAAGGUAUAAAAGGAAAAGUGAUAUAUAUGUGAAUAGCCAAGAGGAAAUUCAAAACAUAAGGGAGGCAUGCAUUUUGGGGAGAAGGACUUUGGAUUACGCGCAUUCGUUAGUAGCACCAGGAGUAACCACUGAUGAGAUAGACAAAAAGGUUCACAAAUUUAUUGUAGAGCAUAAUGCGUAUCCCUCCACUUUAAAUUAUUAUGAAUUUCCCAAAUCGUGUUGCACCUCUGUAAACGAAAUCGUAUGCCAUGGGAUCCCUGACAUGAGACCUUUGCAAAAUGGGGACAUCAUCAACAUUGACAUAAGUGUCUUUUUAAAAGGAGUGCAUGCAGAUUUGAAUGAAACUUUCUUUGUUGGUGAUGUGGACCAAGUGCCAAAGGAAGCCAAGGAACUCGUGCAGACAUGCUACUUCUCCCUAAUGGAAUCUAUUAAAAAAUGCAAACCGGGGAUGCUAUAUAAAAAUAUUGGCAACAUCAUAGAUUCUUAUGUUUCUAAGAAAGGCUUUUCUGUGGUACGUACUUACUCAGGUCAUGGGGUUGGGAAACUGUUUCAUUCAAAUCCAACUAUUCCUCAUUUUAAAAAAAAUAAAGCCGUUGGGAUUAUGAAGGCUGGCCAUGUGUUCACCAUUGAGCCGAUGAUCAAUCAGGGACACUACUCUGAUGUCUUGUGGCCUGACAAGUGGACCAGCGCCACGUCCGAUGGGAAAUUGUCGGCCCAGUUUGAGCACACUUUGUUAAUUACCGACAAGGGCGUCGAGAUUUUGACCAAGCGGCUCGCGGACUCGCCGAGUCUGGGCUUCGACACGAGGGACGAUUUGUACGCGCUGUGA